GUCAAAAGAAAAAUCAUGCUUCUUCUGAAACCUUCUAGGCUUCUAAGUUUCUUCCAGUUUCUGGGCGUCCUCGACAAAAGUAGAACCGCACUUUCACAAAAAUAACUCCUUGACUGAACACAGUGUGCUAAGAAAAAGCAUGGUUAAGAAUCCAGAAGCUGACAAGGUUGUUAGAACAGUAUCCAUGGUGGCAGCUAUAACUGCUUCUUAUUUCCUCUUAACUGCUGAUUAUGAUUGUGGUCCUCAACGCAAUGUUCUUGAGCCUGUUAAGAAGGGAAUACUUUCAGCAGAAAGUACCGUGAAAGAGUACCUUUUUGGAUCCAAGAAAGAAUCUCAAGAUAAUCAAAUAGAGAAAUUGGACAGCAACAAGGAGCAUCCAUAAUAAGUUCCCGGUCGUGCCAUUUUGUAUAAGAACAUCAAUGCUGAUUCAAGCUUUUAUUUUAGCCUUUUGAACCUCCUGAGUAUCUGUAUGAUCCACUGUUAUGAGUGAUGAAUAUGACACUGGCACACUUGCAAUAAUGGAAAAUUGUUGAAAUCAGAUUUGUCA